UUUUAGAAAUAAAAUUAAAUAUUUUCGAACAGAGAACCAAAAAAUAAACAGUGCUGUGGGUUGUGAUAAGUGUGGUGAAGUUACGAAAUAAGCUAUUUAUGAAAAGCGGAUCUUCUAGAAUUUGAUAAACUAAAAGAUGCGAGUGGCGUAAUACACGAGACGUCAGUGAUCAUAACUGUCAAAAACUAGCGAUUAUAAUGUCGGUCUCCCCGCACGCGGCGCCGGUGCAGGAGGUGCAGUUCAACUUGGAUGGCAUCCUCAGCGAGCUGGGCAGCUACGGCAAGUACCAGCUACUGCUGCUGCUCCUGCUGGCAUUCCGGGACUCCUUUCUCAACAUGUGCAAUUUCAACUACGUGUUCACCGCUGCCGAGGUGCCUUUCAGAUGCCGUAUUCCAGAAUGCGAGUCCCCCGUGACAACCUUCAAUGAGUCCUGGAGCAGCUUGGCCGUGGUCAACUCGACGUGCUUCCGAGCAGCACUGUACUCUUCAGCAUCCACCAAUGCCACAUCCACUUGCGUGCCGGAGAUGUUCCGAGCGAACAGUACGGUACCUUGUGAUGAAGUCGUUUACGAGGACUACAAUAGCAUUGUGGCUGAAUUUGAUUUGGGCUGUCAGCCUUGGAAACGUACUCUCAUCGGAACCGUUCAUAACCUCGGUCUUCUGUUCUCUUUUGUCGUAUCAGGAAUAAUCUCCGACAGGUAUGGCCGAAAGGUGAUCAUUGUCGGAACCCCGCUGAUGGUAGGCAUCGCUGGUUUGCUCAAGUCCAUCGCCUUCAACUACUGGACAUUGCUGGUGCUGGAAUUUCUAGAAACUGCCCUCGGUUAUGGGAACGCUUCUAUGGUUUUAUCGUUAGAGUCAGUGAGCCAAAACAACAGGGUCGCAUUUUCAUGUAUCGCCGACAUCUUAUCGAGUUUGGGAGGCGCGUUCUUCGGACUCAUAGCAUGGAAGAUUCCUUACUGGCGCCACAUGAUGCGAGCCAUCUAUGCCCCGUUACUAAUUGUGGUGUUUUAUAUCUUUCUCGUCGAUGAAGGCGUGAGAUGGCUCUUAGCAAACAAUAGAAAACACGAGGCGGUGCGUGUGCUGAAUAAAGUAGCUAAAAUCAACAACAUCACUCUUUCCAACAAAGCUAAAGAGAUGCUUUUGAUGAUAACUGAAGAGCAAAACAAAGCCGAGGAGACUGGAAAAACACAAUUUCAAGAAACACCAAACAUCUGCUCCAUCCUCAGAUCAAAGAAAAUCUUGCUACGUAUCUCCAUUAUAGCUGCUUGUUUCUUCUGCUGCAUGUUUGUCAACAGCGGCACCAUCAUCAACUCCACCAACAUCUCGGGCAACAAAUACCUUAACUUCUCUAUCCUGAUGUUGGUAGACGUCCCUACAAGGAUAGUGACUGCGUUGACUUUGACCAGGUUUGGCAGAAAGACACCAAUAUGUGUGGCGUACUGUCUGUGUGCGGUGUUCUUUAUGACGUCUGCUUUUGUACCUAAAACAAUCUGGUGGGCAUCGGUGAUGUUCUAUAUGGCGGGCAAGAUGUGCAGCAGCUAUGGCAUCUUCUCCAUUAACGUGGUGGCCAUGGAAGUGUUUCCCACCACCUCGAGAAACUCGCUGACAAAUAUUGCCAAUACCGUCGGCCGGAUUGGAUCCGUGCUUGCACCUCAAACUCCAUUACUUGAACAGUUCAUGCCCGGUCUACCCAGCAUAGUGUUUGCGGUAGCCGCCCUGGGCCCCGCAGCGCUAUCCCUUUGCCUGCCCGACACCAGUCGCACCGCCCUGCCGGAGAAAAUAGCAGACGCGGAGAAAAUAGACGAUCAAGUUGCCAAAGAUAACACCGCUCCUGCGUGAUAGUGACCGGUAGUCUUGAGACAGGACUGCAGAAAUAGAAUUUUGGUGAUGUAGUGUGUUGAAGUUCCCCCAGUGGGUUGCUCCACGUCAAC